UCUAAAGCCCUUUACACGAAUUUGUCUCUCUUUAAAGCCAUUGUCCAAACAAACUGUUUCUUUAAUUCUCUCAUCCUCUAUUUCUCAUCUGCCAAACACUAAGAAUACAUCCUUCAGCCACCUAUUUCACAUCUCUCUACCUUCCAUAUGAGGAGUUAGUUGGGCCUCAUCUUUGUUCCAUUUUGAGCUGUUUUUAGCUUUAGGGCUAUGCCUCCUUGCUCCUCAGGUCUUCUUUGUGGAAGAAGAAAGCUUACUGAAACGAGUGGAAUCGGAAAAGAGGUACCUAGGGCAGCUAGAAUAGACGGUUAUGUAAAAAUAUCUGGUCUUCUAGAGGCUUUAUGCAAGUUUCCUGUAGCUGUUGUCAUCCAUGUAUAUAAUAGCAUCCCAACAUACAAAAAGGGAACCUACUCAAAGCCAAUUGAUGAAAAGGAACCAAUUCAUCAUCAUUGUGUUUUGGUUGUGGGUUUUUCCGCCAGUCCAAGCGGAAAGAAAUACCAUCUUGUGCCAAAUAGUUGGGGCUACUGGGUGGGGAAGGACGGUAUGCUGUAGUCACUAAAGAAGUUAUUGGUAAUUGUUACUAUCCAACGGGGCAGUUUCAAUCAGGAGAACUAUAGAUUGAUUAUAAGAGAAACCAGGACUCAAAUGGGGGUAUAUUUUACUCUCAGAAAACUGACACAUAACAGUAUUUGUUUUGGUUUAAGAAUGUGACCUUUUUGUUGGGUUAGACGGUUUUUCUGCCGAUACUGGUUGGUUUAAGAAUGUGGCCUUUUUGUUUCUUGAAAAUCUAUUUCAAAAAUUUAUUGUGUUUUAUUUAUUUAUAAAGUUAGAUCUUGCCACU